AGUCAUCACCGUGCGCCGCUGUUGCUAUUGCCGAUGCUCUCGAACUUGCAACACAACCUCUUUUUCCCAAUCGGUUACAUUUGGGUGUCCGCGUGUGUGUCUCUGCGCCAGUGUUUGUGUGUACGUAUUAUAUACGAUUCUAUAUAAUGCUUGAGAACAUUACCGUGUCCUGAAGUCAAAGAGUUGGUACUUGGUUGCUGGCGGAAAGCUUGUAAAAGUCUCUGAGUCGUCAAUUAGCUGCUAAUCGGCAAAGUUAAAUGAUCGCAGUCGCUCCGUUAUUUAUUCAAAGUCGAGAUCAUUGCGAUCCAACGUCUAAGCUAAUUUUCUCUCAUCCUCUGGACAAAUAAAUUUUAACAUUUUAUUAUUGCAGUGCAGUUACACCAAUUUUUUUUUUGUUACAAAUUUUCUCUUCGUUUUGUGCAAUUUGUUUGAAUUUUUCGAAUUUUUCGCAGAAUAUUUUAUUCGGAAAAAUAUCAACUUCAAUUUGAAAGUUCAAAGUGGGUGAAAAAUAUCUAGUGGAAUUAUAAAAGUGGUACAAGUUUGAAAAAGAGACACUUUUAAGUGAAAAGACUUUGAAAUAAUUUUGUGCAUAAAUUGAUUUCGUUCACAUUUUCACUAACUUGGUUUCAAACAAUUUGAUUCGAACCAUACAAAGUGGCAGCCAUAAAUUUGCGGCACUUUAGAAGAAUGGGUACAGGUGAUCGUCUUUUGGAUAUUCCGUGCAAAGUGUGCGGCGAUAGAAGCAGCGGAAAACAUUAUGGAAUUUAUAGUUGCGAUGGGUGUUCGGGAUUUUUUAAACGAAGCAUUCAUCGAAAUCGCAUUUAUACAUGCAAAGCAACGGGCGAUUUGAAAGGACGUUGUCCGGUUGAUAAAACACAUCGAAAUCAAUGCCGUGCAUGUCGAUUGUCCAAAUGCUUUCAAUCGGCAAUGAACAAAGAUGCAGUCCAACAUGAACGUGGGCCAAGAAAACCAAAAUUACAUAGUGCGCUGAUGGCAAAUGGUUCGCAUCAAAGUCAUUUGCAAAUUCAGGGCUUGGUGUCCAGCGCAUACGCACAAAACGCAGCAAUGGGAGGAGGACAUUCGUCUGGCUUUCAUCCAGUCAUACCGCACAUCCAUCAUCCCGUGCCAUUUUCACCAAUUCUACACCCAGCACAUCAUCCACACGCACAAACACAACAUGGACACCAUUUAUUAGCCGUACCAUCGACCAAUGAAUUUUACAAAAAUUUCCAUCCGUCCAAUGUAAUUGUGCCAAACGUUUUAUCGCACCCAAUGCCGGCGUUGCCGCCACGAAGGCCGAUCUCAACGUCGGUGGUACCGAGUACUCUUUCCACCAUUUCGCACCAGUCACAUUUCUCACCGAAAAGCAACACUUCCAGCACAAUUGAACCAUCUCAAGACAGUGUGAGUCCACCUUUGAUUGUAGACAGCAUCGAGAAUGUGGCAAGCCCAAUAUCUGUAAACAGCAAUAGUAACAAUAAUAACAACAACAUCACACCAAAAAACAUGCACAAAACUAACAACGAGUCAACGAACAAUAACAUCACCGCAGAGAAUACAAACGCAAAAAGUAGUGACGGUUUGGUUUCUUCCAACAGUUUACAUCAAAAUGGUUCGCGAAACGAACAGCAAAACAGUCUUUUGGAUAUUCUCAUGAAUCCGGAUAAGUGUCAGGAAUUCAUUCACUAUCACAAUUCGAUGAUUUUCCCGACGGCACCGUUGUCUGCAUCAUCAUCAAUGUUACCAACAUGGGAGGUUUUGCAAGAAACAUCGGCACGUCUUCUAUUUAUGGCUGUUCGAUGGGUGCGAUGCCUAGUACCGUUUCAAACGCUAUCGAAAAACGAUCAACAGCUAUUGCUACAGGAAUCAUGGAAGGAGUUAUUUUUGCUGAAUUUGGCUCAAUGGAGUGUUCCAUUUGACUUGGGAGCAGUGCUUGACAGUGUACAAGUGCGAGAGCGUAUUCCGAAUGAUGCACUAACGGCGAGUGAAAUGAAAACAAUCCAAGAAAUUCUCUGCCGAUUUCGUCAAAUAUCACCGGAUGGUUCCGAAGUCGGUUGCAUGAAAGCCAUUGUUUUAUUUUCACCCGAAACACCGGCAUUGUGUGACGUUCAACCGGUUGAAAUGCUACAAGACCAAGCCCAGUGCAUUCUAUCGGAUCAUGUUCGCUUGCAUUACCCACGUCAACCGACUCGUUUUGGUCGUCUAUUACUUUUGUUACCUUCAUUGCGCGCCAUUCGGCCAUUCAUCAUUGAGUCCAUGUUUUUCAAGGAAACCAUCGGCAAUGUUCCAAUAUCAAGACUUCUAGGGGAUAUGUAUCAGAUGGAAAAGUACAGUGAAAGUAUAAAGUAGAUUGAAACAAAAAUACAUUCCUCUAAGUCUCGUUGUUUUUUUUUUCAACGGAGGAAAAAUAAUUAUAGCACAACGUUUGUUUAUGUCAGCACAUAAUGAAAAAUCAAUAUUUUCCUUAGUUUCCAUUGGUUUUUGUUAUUUUUUAUCUACGCUCAUUUUUUUGCUUCUUGGCUUCCGGCAAAAUCUCUGCCAUUUGCUUUGUACGGUGAGCGGUAAUAACGAUAACCGUAAUAACGAACAUGCAUUCGAACAACCUGUUCAAAGAAAAAGAAAUGCAAUUUCAUAAACAAAAAUAAAACCACCCUCUUUAGCAUAAUUUGGUGUCUGCAACUUGAUCGUUUCAAAUCAGAGUAAGAAAUUGUGUUGUAAUUUUAAAUUAUUUCUAAUUUAUAUGUAAUUGCUUUAAAUUAAAAUGCAUUCAAACGUAAACUAAGGUAUGAAAAAAGUGUAAAAUAUUUUAUUAAAAUAGCAUUCAAUCAAUUAUCGACAUCAAACGUCGACCAUGGGAGUAAUGUCCAAAUUAAUAAUUCGAGUUAAAUUUAAGUAAGCCAUAAACAAAAAAUGAUGCAUAAAUUAUAUAUUAGAUUCAAAAUGUUCAUGUUCUAUUAUAUCUAUAUAAAUAUCAUCCUAAUCGAGUAUCAAUCACUGAAUCUAUUUAUUGACUCUAUCUAUUGUAAAUCUUCUAAAAAUGAAAUAAAUACUACUCAAUUUAAAAACAGAAA